GUUUAGCAACUUCGCCUGUGAGGUUGUUUUAAUCAACUGGCCCCACGGUCCCCAAUCACUCCUGGAACAGGGCGGUGGAGGCGGCCAGGGUGCUAAGGGGAGAGGGAUGCAGCACACGCGGCCCCGAGGCGUGCCCUGCACUUAAGGCCUCUUCCAGCCGCCGCUGCCCGGGGCCUCCGAGCCGCUGCCAGGCAGGGCCCAUCCAGGAGGCCCUCCAGACAGCCACCCCUCAGCUCCAGCCUCAGAGAAACCUGGCAGAUCGCAGAGCCGGCAUGGAUCCGGACAGUGAUCAACCCCUGAACAGCCUUGAUGUCACCCCACUGCGCAAACCCCGCACUCCCCUGGAGACCUUCAAAAAGGUGGGGAUCCCCAUCAUCGCAGCCUUGCUGAGUGUGGCGAUCAUCAUCAUCGUGGCUGUCCUCAUCAAGGUGAUUCUGGACAAAUACUACUUCCUCUGCGGGCAGCCUCUCCACUUCAUCCCGAGGAGGCAGGUGUGUGAUGGCCAGCAGGACUGUGCCUCAGGGGAGGAUGAGCAGCACUGUGUCAAGAACUUCCCCGAUGAGUCCCCAGUGGCAGUCCGCCUCUCCAGGGACCGAUCCACCCUGCAGGUGCUGGAUCCAGCUACAGGGAGCUGGGCCUCUGCCUGCUUUGACAACUUCACAGAAGCUCUGGCCAAGACAGCCUGUGGGCAGAUGGGCUAUGACAGCAGACCCACCUUCAGAGCUGUGGAGAUCAGCCCAGACCAAGAUCUGGAUGUUGUUGGAAUCACAGAGAAUGGCCAAGAGCUUCAGGUGCAAAACCUAAGUGGACCCUGUCUCUCAGGCUCCCUGGUCUCCCUGCACUGCCUCGCCUGUGGGGAGAGCCUGAAGGCCCCUCGGGUGGUGGGCGGGGAGAAGGCCUCUGUGGACUCUUGGCCCUGGCAGGUCAGCAUCCAGUACAACAAACAACAUAUCUGCGGAGGGAGCGUCCUGGACCCCCACUGGAUCCUCACGGCAGCCCACUGCUUCAGGAAGCAUCACGAUGUGUCCAACUGGAAGGUGAGGGCUGGCUCUGACAAAUUGGGCUCCUUCCCAUCCUUGCCUGUGGCCAACAUCUUCGUCUUUGAGCUCAACACCACAUACCCUAAAGAGAAGGACAUUGCGCUUGUGAAGCUGCAGUUCCCACUCACAUUCUCCGGCACAGUCAGGCCCAUCUGCCUGCCUUUUUUUGAUGAGGAGCUCAUUCCAGCCACCCCACUCUGGGUCAUUGGAUGGGGCUUUACGGAGCCGGAUGGAGGAAAGAUGUCCGACACCCUGCAACAGGCAUCUGUCCAGGUCAUUAACCACACUCGGUGCAAUGCAGAGGACGCAUACCAGGGGGAAGUCACCGACAUGAUGCUGUGCGCAGGCAUCCUGGAGGGCGGCGUGGACACCUGCCAGGGUGACAGCGGUGGGCCCUUGAUGUAUCACUCUGACCAGUGGCAGGUGGUGGGCAUCGUGAGCUGGGGCCAUGGCUGUGGGGGUCCCAGUACCCCGGGAGUGUACACCAAGGUCACAGCCUAUCUCAACUGGAUCUAUAAUGUCCGAAAGUCUACACCAUGAUGCUGCGGCCCCUUCAUAUUGCUGGAAGCUGCCUCCCCCUGUCCUGCCCACUGGGGAUCCCCCUAGAAGUCAGACAGAGCAAGAGCCCCUGUGGGCACACCUCUCUGCCAAUCGCCUCAACAUUUCUUGGUGCAGCAAAGGGCUUCCAUUCCUGUAAAAGACAUCACAGCCCACAAGCACCCAGAGGAAAUCACCACCACCAGCUCCACCACCCCUGGGGCUCCCGGCAUCCCAAGGAGAAAGAUACAGCCUACUGAACAGGCCAGCCUUUUAGCCAAGGUCUCUGAAGGCAUUGCUAAGCCAGGAAGGAACUUUCCUAUUCUACUAAAUGGAAGUAGACUCUUCAGUGAGAGCUCAGAUCACCAAGUAGACUCUCCAGUAAAAGCUCAGAUCACCCAUUGAAGGGAGGAAAGGCUCUAAGCCAGCCCUCUCCACCACCCAUCCUCAAGCCCAUCCAGGAAGAAACCAGUUGUAAUGUAAAAUGCACAGUCCUGCUAUUGGCUCAAUACUAUUACUUAAUGUUAUGACAAUUCUAUGGAUGCUGCUACUAAACAGGUGGGUAAAGUCUGACACUGGUGGACUGGGCUGCAUGCUAAGAACUGAGCUGAGACUAUUGCAUCAUUCCUGCACCUGGGUAGGAAAAGGUCCUAGGGAGACCACUGAUACCCAAAGAAGGAAAAAGGAGACCCAAAGACGGGAGAUAACACCUGUGACUUGGGAGAGAGAGGAUCUGCGUGCUUAAGGCUGAUGGUAAACCAUGGCUCACCCAGUGCCUGGAAAGAGAUACUGCACCUGAGUCCUCACUUCUACCUAGAGAGCCCUGGGCAUGGUUUCUUCCAUUCUUUAAAAAAAAAAAUGUACACACACACACAUACAUAUAUAUGCAAAGUCUGAAGUGGGACCUAAGUAGGGUUCUGGGUACAUAAGCAUGAAUAAAUCUUGCACUCAAAUUGUCAGAGAAUUAAGCCCCAUGGACUUCUCUGGCCACUGUAUGGGGGCCCAGGUAUUCUGAGGACCCUCCUGGUCAGAUCUUAGGUGAAAACGCUUUACUAGGUUCUCAAGAAAUAGAAAUCUUCAAAGACCAAAUAAAAACAUGAAUAAACACAUAUAAAUAAAACAAAAUUAUCAGAAUCGUGAGCUGAAAUGAAGGUAGAGAUCUGAGAGCAACAGCUAACUAAAAUCUUGGGUUGUCCAAGGGACUAAGACCUAUAUGAAAGUUGAGAUCAGAACUAAACCUAGACCCAGUGCUCACCAUCAAAGAUCAGCCAAGGUUUUUUAAAAAGAAAAUCCCAGGAGUGGGAAUCAUCAAAAAUAGUCAAGGACCUUAUGUUAGAAUUACCAGGUUAUAAGAAAAACUGAUACUAUAGAAUAUGUCUAUGUGCCAGACAUUAUUCUAAGUGUUUCACUGUGUAUUAAGUCAUUUAAGACUCAUACAAACCUAUGAGAUAGUUGCCAUUCGUAUCCCAUCCCCAUUUCCAUCCCCAUUUUAUGAGUAAGAAAACUGAGGCUCAAUGAAGCUAAGUACCUUGCCUGAGGUUACAUAUAGGUAAGCUGAAUAUGAGUAUUCUGAUUCCAGUGUUCAUGUUAUAAACUAUCACAUUAUGCCAAUAUCAUAAUUUCUGAAUCUUUAAAUAAAUUCUAAAUGAGGGACACCUGGGUGGCUCAGUCAGUUAAGCAUCUGCCUUCAACUCAGGUCAUGAUCCUGGGGUCCUGUGUUCAAGCCCCGCAUCAGGCUCCCUGCUCCAGCAGGGAGUCUGCUCCUCCCUCUGCCCCUCCCCCCACUCAUGCAGACUCUCCCGUGCUAGCUCUCUCUCAAAUAAAUAAAAUCUUAAAAAUAAAUGCUUAAAAUGGGUACUUUUUCCUCAUAAAGAUAUUUUUAAAUAUUUGUAAUUUAAAAUCCACAAAAAUUUACUAUCUUAACCAUUUGUAAGUAUACAGUUCAAUGGUAUUAAGCCAUCACCGUCCAUCUCCAAAACUCUUUUUCCCUUCCAGAAUUCUGUACCAUUAAACAAUAGCUCCCCGAUUUCUUCCUCCCCCAUGAUACUGGAAGCCACCUGUCUACCUUCUGUCUCUAUGAAAAUGACUAGUUUAGGUGCCUCAUGUAAGUGGAAUCACAUAGCAUUUGCCUUUUUGUGCCCAGCUUACUUCACCUAGCAGAGUGUCUUCAAGGUUUAUCCAUGGUUGUAGCCUGUGUCAGAUUUUUCUUCCUUUUUAAGGUUGAAUAAUAUUCCGUUAUUUAUACUACAUUUAUUCAUUCAUUCAUCAAUGGACAUCUUGUUUCUACCUCCUGGCUAUAAUGAAUAAUGCUGCUAUGAGCAGGGUGUACAAAUCUCUCUUCAAGAUUCAGUUUUCAAUUCUUUGGGGUAUAUACCCAGAAAUAGAAUUGCUGGACAUAUGGUAUCUGUUUUCAAUUUUUUAUUGUUUUCCUUUUUUUUUUAAUUGUUUUAUUUACUUGAGAGAGAGAAAGAAAACACAAGCGGGGGAGAGAGAGAGAAGCAGAUGCCCCACUGAGCAGGGAACCCGACACAAGCUCGAUCCCAGGACCCUGGAAUCCCAACCCAAGCCAAAGGCAGACACUGAACUGACCGAGCCAUCAAGUAUCCCAAUUUUUUAUUGUUUUGCAUGAGGAUUGCACCAUUUUACAUUCAGUGCACAAGGGUUCCAAUUUCUCCACAACCUCACCAAUAUCUAUUUUCUCUUUAAAAAAAAUAGGUAUUUUGGGGGCACCCUGAUGGCUCAGUUAAGCAUCUGAUUCUGGAUUUUGGCUCAAGUCAUGAUCUCAGGGUCAUCAGAUCGAGCCUGUUGGGCUCUACACUAGGCAGGUAGCCUGCUUCAGAUUUUCUCUCUCCCUCUACCCCUCCCCACCUCCACUCAUGCAUGCACACAAUUCUGUCUCUCUAAAAACAGCCAAAAAAUAGGUAUUUUAAUAAAGCAACUGUGACAAGUAGAUUUGAAGAAGAACCAAAUAGAGCUCUUAGAAAUAAGAGCUAUAGGGCACCUGGGUAGGGCUCAGUUGGUUAACCGUCUGCCUUCAGCUCAGGUCAUAGUCCCAGGGUCCUGGGAUCAAGUUCCACAUCAGGCUCCCCACUCCAUGAGGAGCCUGCGUCUCCCUCUGUCUCUGUCCUUCUAUCUCUCAUGAAUAAAUAAAUAAAACCUCAAAAAAACUACCUUUUUUAUUAAAUUUAAAAGCUGAAUGAAAAAAAAAAAGCUGAAUGUUUGGGGUAAAUAGCACUUAAGACAGAUUGAGAAGAUUAAUGAACCAGAAGUUAGAUGGAAGAAAUUACUAAGUUUGCUAUAGAAAGAAAUAAGGAUAUAAAAUAUAUAUACACACAAAACAAGGCUGUGGACAAUGGAGACUAGAAUAAGAAAGUCUAACAAAUCCAGUUGAAGAAUCAGAGGGAGAGAACAGAAAUAUGAAGGAGAAACAACAUCUAAAGAGAUAACAGCUGAGAAUGUUCAAAAUUCAUUAAAGGCAUGAAUCCACACAUACAGCAUUUGCCCCAAUAGUGCAUAAGCACAUAUGACCAAGGCAGAAAUAUUCAAAUAAAUCCUCACCUAGACACAUGAUAGUGAAGUUUCAGAACACCAAAAAUGAACAAACUCUUUAAAGCAACCAGAGAGACAACCCAGGCUUCCUACAACACCAUAAAGAUACCAGAGUGAGGGACGCCUGGGUGGCUUAGUUGGUUGAGCAUCCGACUCUUGGUUUUGGCUCCAGUCAUGGUCUCGGGGUCCUAGGAUCAAGCCCUAUAUCAGGUUCCUCACUGAACAUGGACCCUGCUUGGGAUUCUCUCUCUCCUCUCCCUCUGUCCCUCCACUUGUGCUCUUUCUCACUUGCUUGUUCUCUCUCAAUUAAAUUAAAUUAAAUUAAAUUAAAUUAAAUUAAAUACCAGAAUUAGAUUGCCAGCAGACUUCCCCAUAGCAGUAAAGGAACCAGUAAACUCUAUCUUCAGUGUGCUGAGACAAUAGAGAAUUGUGAAUCCUACAAAACUACCUUUUAAGAAUUAAGGCAUUUUCAAGGAAACGACUGAGAGUUUACUACCAACAGGUCUCCUCUAAAGAAAUAUCUCAAGUAUGUAUUUUUUAAGUUUUUAUUUCAAUUCUAGUUAACAUACAAUGUGAUAUUAGUUUCAGUUGUACAAUAUAGUGAUUCAACAAUUCCAUACAUCACCCUGUGCUCAUCACAGAUGCACACCUUAACCCCCAUCACCUAUUUCACCCAUCCUCCCACUUACCUCCCCUCUGGUAACCAACCAUCAAUCUGUUCCCCAUAGUUAAGAGCCUGGUGCUUGGUUUGCCUCUCUUUUUUUCCCCGUUUGUUCAUUUGUUUUGUUUCUUAAACUCCAUGUGUGAGUGAAAUCAAAUGGUAUUUGUCUUUUUCUGACUGACUUAUUCCACUUAGCGUUAUACUCUCUAGCUCCAUCCAUCUUACAAAUGACAGGAUUUCAUUCUUUUUCAUGGCUGAGUAAUAUUCUAUUGUGUAUACAUACCACAUCUUCUUUAUCAAGGGACACUUGGGCUAUUUCCAUAAGUUGGCCAUUGUCGAUAAUGCUGCUGUAACAGUCAGGGUGCAUGUAUCCCUUCAAAUUAGUAUGUUUGUAUCCUUUGGGUAAAUUCAAGUAUGUACUUUAGAAAAAAGAAAAAUGAUCCCCAUAGGAA